CGACCCCGACCUCCCCCCCAGUCUCUCACCACCACCAAUCCAAAGCGACAUGGUCCUCUCCCUCUUUCCGUCUCCGCCACCCACCGCCCGCCCCUCCUCACAUCAUCGCGGCUCCUGCUCACCGCCAAGGGCCCUCUACGAUCCAGCGUCGAGCACGUGCGUCCGCGUGGUCCGCGCGGCCCGCCGCCGAUACAACUUGCCACGUCAGAUCGGAAUUAAAGGCGGUUUGCGGCGCGGCGCGGCGCGGCGCGGCGCGGCGCAGUGCAGCGCAGUGCAGAUGCAGGCGCAGGCGCAGGCGCAGCAGGCGCAGGAGUAGGCGAAAGGGCGGCGCUUGUGCGCGCUGACGCCCGCGCCGCCCGCCAACGCCGCCGCCGUUUUGCUGCGCGCGACUCCGUUUUCGACGAUCGAUGCGAGCGGUUAGUGAGGCGUGGAACGACCCAUGGGUCAUGCGCUCGCGCGCGCGCGCGCCUCUUGACGGACGCGAUCUGUGUGUCUGUUCGCUUUGGGCACUGAUGGCCGGCUGGGACGAGUCGCGCAGUCAUGGCGCCGCGUCGAUCCAGCACCGCUCGGCGAUAAUUCUGCGCGUCUAUUGGAAACUUCGGUGCGCGGUUGCGUGCGGGCUGGGCGGUGGAGAUUGGGCCGUCCCAUCGCCUUGCUGCAGCGGAGACAGCGGACGGCAGGGGCCGAGGCAGCCGCGACGUGCGCGUGCGUGCGCCGGCGGGCAUCUGAAGAGAGAACAGCUACUACAACUACCACCAUCUGGUCAUGACUCGACUUGGCGAGGCCCCCAGUCCGCGGAGUGGGAUUGCCCGGCGAAUGCCUCGCGCUGGUGCCUGCUGGCGGCGCAACACGCUCUCAACGCUGCGCAAUUGUCAGGUGAGCAGAGUCCGGAUCUGACGCCUUGCUGCUGCUCUGGGAAACCGCUAGCGGGCUGUGGGAAAGGUUAUUGUUCCUUUGGUGCGGCACGACUGCUUACGCCCGUACAUACGGCUGUCCGGAUGCGCGCCUGUGUGGGUGAAUGGCUCUACUUUUAGUCUGCUGACGAUGUUCGACAGGCCUCCCUGCCUGCGCCGCCGCACCCCUGCUUCCAUAGUCAACGUCCGUUUUGGGAUACGGUGUUGGCGGCUUCCAAGGCGACCAAGACGAGGGGUAAUGCUUGCGAUUUUGUUGUUCAGACAAUCGGC